CCGCUCGGGAUGUCAAUGCACUCAUCAUCUGCAACAGGUAGCUACACCGCCCUGUCACUCUUCGAACUUUCUGAAGCUCUGCCAAUGAAACUGGAGGUUUUCUGCGGGAGUCACUACGACUCCAAGCCUGCGGAGUUGUGCAGCGAUGCUGAGGGGAGCAUCCCAUCGCCGGUGUCCGCAGAGGAGGAGCUGGGCUCGGAUGGAGACUGCGUGGCGCACAGUCCGGCACCUGUCGCCGACACCAAAGGCAAACCCUACACUCGGAGACCCAAACCUCCAUACUCUUACAUCGCACUUAUCGCCAUGGCCAUCCGAGACUCCAACUCCGGCCGACUCACUCUAGCCGAAAUCAACGACUACCUCAUGAAGAAGUUCCCGUUUUUUAGAGGCAGCUACACCGGCUGGAGGAACUCAGUGCGCCAUAAUCUGUCUCUAAACGACUGCUUUCUUAAGGUCUUAAGGGAUCCUUCGAGACCGUGGGGAAAGGACAAUUACUGGAUGCUGAACCCGCACAGCGAGUACACCUUCGCGGACGGAGUGUUUCGCAGAAGGAGAAAGCGCAUUAGUAAAAAAACCGGCAGGGAGCCAGAGGGGCCGGUGCAAACCCACGCAUUGGACAGCAAUGACUCCAUCGCUACGCCUCCUUCGAGCGGAAAGUUCACCAGUUCUUUCGCCAUUGAGAGCAUCCUCAGUCGACCCUUCAGAAGGGAGGACCGCCCCGUGCUCAGCCCUGACACCUGGCCGGGGGGAGUGGACACUGUGCUGCCGUAUGUCAUGCUUCGAUCCUAUGGUGCCCUGGAGGACCCUUCCAUGAGCCGCCGACAGCGCGACUUUUUCGCAUUCCAGCUGCCGCCUGAGUGCCUCUCAAUCCCGCAUACGAGCGCGGCGGUGCCCGCGCCUGCAACCGCGGGAUAUCACCCGUUCAAAAUUGACUAUUUGUUGUCGUAACAUUGGGUACUUUGUGAUGGGGAACUUCGGCACUUUCUACAGCACUCGUGACUUGAAAGAGACAUUGUGCAAGAUACAUUUCAUUCGACUGCAUUUUUAAGAAUCGUUCUGAACCUUUAAUAUGCACCACGAAAACAAGUGAACUCAAAGUUGUGAACUAUUUAAGUCUAUUCUAUUUUGUACUGUCCUACUGAAUGAUUAAGUCGUUUCCGUGUAUUUAUUUGUCAUAUUUUGUGUUUGUUCUGUGUUAAACCAGCGGUGCCUCAAACGAUGAUGCCUUCAUUUCAGAUUUAAUACUCAAGAUGAACUAUAUGAGAGGCGAGCUCAGUUUGUGAGGCUCCUGCAUCAAACUUGUAAACUGGAAUUGUUUAAGCAAUUGUUUUUCUGACAAAAUGCACGCGCAUUUUAUAUUGAACAAUAAAAUUGUUUGUUUUUUUAAAUGAA